CAAUUACCUGUACCUUCCGCGCUUCUUCGACCCUGAGUUAUUGGCCGAUCAAGAUGUGUAUGAGACGUAUGAGCAUGAGCUGAGCGAAGGGAAUCCCUGGAGCUCAACCGUCGACUUUGUCGGAAAAUUAGACCCCAUGCAGAUCGAUGCUACGGACACGUGCUAUCGCCGUAUGCGCGCAUUUGCUGGCACUGAGCCAGAAUCACCCUUCGCAAAUAAUCCGUACGAUGUAAACCACGGCGAUGUCGCCGAUAGAUCUCAACAUAGUUUACAAACCACAGGAAGACCGUUGAAAACGGAAGGUGUGCGCCAGGUGGGCGGCGGCGCAAUACUAUCGCUGUAUUGUGGCGCCGGUAAAACGGUAUUU